UUCAAAGCUCGUCUACUUGUGUUCAUUUUCAUGUGCCUAAUUGGGCUUCAUCUCUCUAGAAUCUUAUGGCUAGAACCUGGAACUUUUUUCUUUAGUAUCAUCCCUUAAAGGGGCCUGUGCAACCAGCAGGCUUUUCGCACUCCCAUUUGUUUAAUUUUUCUAACUGUGUUCUUCUAUGCAAGACAAAAAUGGCAAGGAGAAUUUGCUGGGAAAUUUCUGGAUUCAAUUUAGCGCUUCAGAUCGCUUUUGACGGCUUCUAUUUGGUUUUAUUUUGCACGCAGCUUGUUCUAACAGCUUUCCACCAUUUUUGUGGACCACGAAAAAUGGCCGCCUUCCCAGCUUACGCCCUCAAAGGCUACUGGUUGCCCAUGCCCCUUUAAAUAAGUCAGAGCCACAUACAAAAUUGUUUCAAAACUUCUGGAACAAAACACGAAAAUAGCAAACUUGCUUCAAGUUAAUUAUUUUCCCUUUUUUUCAAUAACAGGUCAUGCCAUCUUUCAAAAUUGGGAACGGGUCUUGUGCUGUAGGCAAAUUCAAGCAGCCACACCCAUGAAUACACCGUUAAAGAUUUAAAUGUGUACCAUAUUUCUUCUAAAGAACACCACAGCCUUUAUUACAAAAUCCAAAUUUUGGACAUGGCGUUUAAUUUGGUUGUCUCCCAUGAAGUAACGUCAAAUUUUUGUGCAUAGGCCUACAAACUUUUCUUGGAUUAAAUUGCAUGGGGAGGAGACUUAACUAAACUUUGAAAACAUAGGGCUCAAAAAGCCUUUCAUCUGUCUUGCAUAAAUUGUGAGAGCUUUAAACUGAGCAUUGUAAAUGAGAAAAAGAGUUAACAAAUGAUGACACUUCAAUGUUUUAAAUGUAAAGCAACAUGUGGCAAUGUUAUUUUCUUGUUCUUUUAAAAUAUUUUGGCAUGACUUUUUUUCAAGCAGAUCAUUCAACUAUUUACAAAAUUUAUGUUCUUCGUCGCAAUUUUGUUUCCAUUUGACGAUACCUGCUUUGUAGUGUGCACACUCUAUCCAUACAGACGCGUAACACUUUGUUUCACUUCCUUUAGCAUCAAUAUGACCAUUAUCAGUUUGAGCACAUUUAAUACUACCAUUCGAAAAUUUAGUCAUCUAAUUAUCCCUUUCUGAUGCUCUUUUGUUUAUGUCUUGGCUUUUUGUCACAAACAACUCUAACUCGUCCGCGCCACUUCACAAAACGGCAACCUGCGCAGCGCAGUUUGAGUGCUGAUCGAACUUUGUAACCUCUAACUUGUUCCAAUAGGCCAGGAGCUUGAUAAAUACUACACAUCUGUCGAAACAGUAUUCGAAGAUUCCCCACAGAAAACAUUUUAUUGAAGAAGUUUGAUGGAAAGUAACCGAUUCGCCUUCUUCUCGAAAGUUCGAAAUGGAGGCUGUGCUCCGAUGCUAUUCCUUAAAAGGAGGCUAACCCAUAAUUGUACCACACGAUGAUAAUAAUAAUACUGUUGAUGAUACGGUAUAGGUAAAUACCAUGUGACAACUUUUGAACUGGAAAGACGACUAACAAAGGUCAAAAAUGGAAGAAGGCGUUAAAAAUAUCGAACAGAUCAAGAGUAAAGUUGAAAGAGCAUUGUCUCCGGAAGAAAGAGAAAGAAUAGAUACUGAUCAACCAGUUUCAAAUUUCAAGCAACAGAAGUUAGAAAAAGAAGCCCUAAAGAACUGGGACUUGUUUUAUAAACGGAAUGGUACUAGAUUUUUCAAAGACAGGCACUGGACAACAAGGGAAUUUUAUGAGCUAGCUGUGGACUGCUCGCAGGAUGAUUCUGGGAUUAAGAAGCAGGUCAAGAUUCUCGAGGUCGGGUGUGGAGUUGGCAAUGCAAUAUUUCCUCUACUGGAAGAGAAUCCACAUAUGUUUGUAUAUGCAUGUGAUUUCUCACCAAGAGCAGUCCAGUUUGUCAAGGAUAACCCUUUGUAUGAUCCAGAUCGCUGUCAUGCAUUUCAAUGCGAUGCUACAGUAGAUGAUUUAACAGAAAAUAUCCCAAGCCGUAGCAUUGAUGCAGUCACAAUGAUUUUUGUUUUGUCUGCCAUUCUACCAUCAAAAAUGUCUUCUGCUAUAAGGAAUAUAUCCAGGGUUCUAAAGCCUGGUGGCAUCAUACUGUUUAGAGACUAUGGUAUAUAUGACCAUGCAAUGCUGCGGUUUUCCAAAGGUCAUAAGCUUCAGGAGAACUUUUAUGUCAGGCAAGAUGGAACUAGAGCAUACUUUUUCAGCCUAGAUUUCAUUUCUCAGCUGUUUUCUACGGAAGAUUUUGAAAUAGAAACGAAUGAAUUCGUUCAUCGUUCAACUGUUAACAAAAAGGAAGGAAUUGAUGUUCCAAGAAUUUUCGUCCAAGGAAGAUUCAGGAAAAAGUCUUAAUUCACGUGAGAAAAACAUAUCAUAUUUAGGCCUAUUCCUUGAAUAAAUUGUUAGAAUCUUUUGACGAGUUGCGACAACAUGAAGUAUGUAAUACAAUGCCUGUAGGGCAAAGAGAUUAUGGAAUAACAUGGUUCAUUUACAGAACAUAUAUUCAAAACAAAAGUUUAGAUAUUUUCUUUUCCUGAAGAUAUCUUUCAGGAAAAUCACAAUUAAACAGGGAAUGAACUUGUCCCAGUUUUUUCAAUGACCGGAAGUGCCGAUCAGAAAAGGUCAAAUUAGCCUUAUGGAACAAAAUUAUUUUGUCACUUCAUUCAAUACAAAGAGCGCUGUAUCAUGAAAUUUCAACGCAAUACAAACAAAAUGGAUUUUGCCGUUACAGUCUUUCGUGGUAGAAAAAUGCACACUGGUUUAUCAAGAUCAUUUCUGAUCAGACAGAUGAGCUAACUGAAUAAUGGAACCAAGCAGAAAAAUAUGCCGUCAUUGCUAGGCUUGUUUAUGGUCAGAAACGCGUUAAGAAAGAGCUGUCCCAAUCUUUUUUUAUUGGUUCGUGUAUUUGGUUCACUAAAGACGCAGCAAAGACAAUCGGACGUUGCUGUAAACCAUUUUUAUGAAACUUUUUUAGACCGGACAAUCUUUACGAUAGAAGUGCACGAUGAAGAAGUGCAUGUGGUUUUCCAACAGACUUUUAAGGCGAACAAGUUUUGGGUUCCUUGCCACAGAUCUUUAUUAAAUCUGACAGUUUAUUUGACAGUAAAGAGUUUUUAAAAUUUCUUAAUCUAUGCAUUUUGGAUACAAUGUAUUCAAGUAUUUUAUAAUGCAUUUAAUACCAUGCAAGAUGUAAAGAUUUGGAGUUCGAUUGUGAUAAGAGAUUUAUUCUCGAUAAUAAAGAGCAAGCAAUUUGUAAUGCUUUUCAACCUACUAUUGUCUGUAGUCAGGUCUUCUACUUUUCAUAUGGCCAAUGGAAAAUAAAACCUAAUUAGGUGUCUGUACGUUUCAGCACAGUCUAAAGACACUAAAACCUCAAUUGGCACUAAAAAUGGCACUAGAGUACUUUUUGUUGCUUUACCUUCCAUUUGUCACCGAAUAAUAUAUUUUUACCCUUGAGUUUCAGAGCUGCUAUGACCUAAUCACAAGCCUUUCAAACUAAGCACUUUGAAAAAUAUACUCGAUCUGAUUCCAAAUUUCAUUCAAAACUUUGCUUGGUUUUUUAAACAGCUUGUAGACCUUGUAUCUAUGUCGCCGCCAAUUAUUUUGCGUUUGUUCCUCCUAUGUUUCACCUCUAACGUAAUACAGUUCCUUUAUCUCUAUGCUAUGUUCUCGGAUAUCUUCAUAUGAGGCCUAAGGCAUAGCUCGUUCUGUCGCCCAUUCAAAAAAGUCAUUAAUCCUCAAUUGCCUAAUCUUUUUGCUAGCUGAGAAAUCAGCUUUAGGUCCGAUUGCCGUAUGAUCGCAAGGGUCAUUGGGAUCCCACUAGUUUGUGACAGGCGAUUGUAGCAAAUGGCUCAUCACCCUGUCUUUGUAGUGGUUCUUAAGUUUGGAGCAAAGACUAAAGCUAAAUUGAAUUUUUGUACAAGAAAACAUGAAGACAUAACUCGCUAGUAUGAUCUGGGCUUGACAGAAAAACUUCCAAAUCUGUAUGCAAAGAUGGCGCUUAAAUCAAAUUUUAAAUCUUGACAAUGUCAUAUUAUUAUUAUCAUUAUUAUUAUCAUUGUCAUUUUUAUUAUCUUUUUAUUUAAAGUGUGCAUAUAAAAAAAGCUACAAAAUAAAAGCUAAUUCAAGCCUACUACAAAGUAAAAUUGUUUAAAAAUAAAAAAAUUAAAAUACAUUUAUAUCUAACAUAAGAAAUAAUUAAGUAUAAAUACAUGUAUACAUAUUUUACAGCAUUUUUGGCAUUACAAAACAAUACAUUUAUCCGUUCAAGAACCCAACCUGAGCCACGAAAGGUCUACACAGUCUAUUAUGUCUAAGAUAAAAACUAUAUGUUGUGAAUAAUCACAAUUGAAGAUUAAAAUAUAUUGAAUAUUGGUAAGGUUCCAAUAUAUUGGUAGGUAGCAAUAUAUUGUUGUCACAGCUGUUGUUCCAUUUUCUGCCAUUCAUCAAGCCUCGUUUUCAGAUUCCUUUUGAGCGUUUGAGCGCCUGGCAAACCAAAGUUGAUUGUGUCAAACCCAUUAUAGGUGUAAAUGUGUUAAAAGAGCAUCAAAUCUUAUCGGAAAUCUGGUUUCCUUCUUUUUCAACAACUAUCUAAUAUUAUACAGCAAAGUAGAUUAUGAAUUUAUUAAUGUUUUCCAAAUAUUUCUCGAGUCUAGUCAGUGAAAGAUGUGGUAUAUUAAAGCUACCGCAAUCUAAGACCAUAAAGGUGACGGCUUUGCAACUGACAUAUUUAAAAAUUCAUCAAUAUCAUUCUAAAAACGGCCUGAUCGAAUAUCUAAUUAACACUUUCUUAUCUGUUACUAAAAAGAUACGAAAAAAGCUUCAAUAUUUCCUGCUUAAUCUUAAAUUUGUUUAGAUGAAUCCACGCUGCCGGGCGAGCUUGAAUCGGUACAGUGAGAAUGAACUCAAAUUAAUUUGUUUGGCAGUUUUCUUUCCCGAACAUUAACACACUUUUUUCGUGUCCUGUUUAAUCAACAUUUUUUAUUGCUUUGUCGUAUAACGCCGUUAAGUACACAAUGGAAAGGCACGACUAGUGGGUGGGGUUCUUUUCGUAUUUUUAACAGAUAACUGUGACGAACACCUUCUGCUUAAAAUAUCUCGAGUUUUGCGAAUUUCUGCUGAACUGGAUUAAAUAUCAGAUGAUCAUGUCAAAUCCUUUUCUGGGAUAUCUUGUUGGUUACUCAGAAAAUCACGACUUCUUGAAUACUAUACGGAAGAUAUGAAGAGACUGCAAGGAAAGGGUGAAAAAUUUCCCAACUCAGCGCAUUCUGUUUGUUGACAACGAAUUGAUAACAAUAGCAACUUGGCAGAAAGAAGAGAAGAUGAUUUGUAAUCUCUGGCUGAUACCAUAUAAGAGAGGCUCCUAUAAGAUGUCGAAAAGACGAUGGUUUUAAAAAUUCCAGAGAAUCUGCCACUGCAGCCCAUAUUUCUAGAGCCCGGAGAUAUGCGACAUCCUCCAUCAUCAUUAUCUUAAGCUCGACGGUACUGUAGAAUUUUGAUAGAAUUUCCAAUUUUCUCGAUUCUUUUUAAUGAGAUUGUCCGUCUGUAAUAUUGCUUUUCAUUCAGUGUCUGUAACUAAUCUAAAACAUUAGCUGAAAUUAUUGGAUUUAGAUUUGAUAUCGGCUGUUGCCAACUUUCUCUAUCGGGAAUAAACAUCAGCUCAUCAUCAGACAUAGCCUGCCUGCAGACUCUUGAAUUGAAUUGCAAUGCAAUGCACUUGUAAAACUUCAAAGUAAGAUCACAUCAAAGAACAAUUGAGAGAAAUGACAGACAUAGAACUUGAUCUUUUAAAAAUAGUUUGACGCUUUCUUUACGUGUGCAAAAGGUUUGCAAUAGCUAGGGACAGAAUUGUACGGAAUGUCUAGUACCAAAAAAGUCUAUCAUUUGUUCACAAUUUUUCGAGAUUGCAAUCGCCAUUUUAAGCAAUUAGACACCGCUUUUACAUCCAUUGAUUUUCUUAAAGACCUUAGCUAUUAAACACCUAAAAUGACGGUUUCUUCUUUAAACUUUGGUGCUGGCUUUGAUGCGAAGUUAGAAGCUUGAAAGUUUUAAAAUGUGUUAAUGGGUAAUGUUUGAAUCUCAAAAUCUUUGUUUCGCUACGAUUUUAAAUGCCUGCUUUUUGAAAAUUUUGUUACCUUUGUGUAUGUACGUGUCUAAUUAGCUCGUAGGAAUUGCAGGCCAAAUGCGCCCUAACGCUUUGAUUUACGAAUGCUUAAGUAAAAGUAAGUAGCUAGCCGUAACAGCGGAUCUGUGGGGCUUUCCGCCAGUUUUUCAUCCCCUAACAUUGCUUAAACGUCACUCUUUUCAUCAUCUACCGAGCUGUACCUUCUUACCCAGACUCCUUACUUCUAAUACAAUUUUGUUUUCGUAUUUCAACUAAAGAAAACUGUGAUUCCGUCGUGAAGUCAUUUGUAUGUUUGCUGUAUUCAUGCGCUUUACGCGUUUACAUAAAUUUUCUUCUUGUCAACUGAUGUUUCUUAGCAGAAAAUACAAGUAAUUAAAACCGAACAUUUUCCCUUUAUUGGUUUUAUGAUCUGUUUGAAAAAAAAGCAUCUGGUUUUGUGGUACGCUAUUUAAUCUGGUUUUAAGAAACUGCAUUUCGAUGUUCGUUUAGAGAAGAUUAGCAAGUGUUAUGAGAUGUGGCACCUGAAAUAAUAAUAAAAAGUAAUAAAGCUUUUGAUUAGAUUUCUAUGUAACUAUAGGAAUAACAUCAACGUUUCCUUUUCUUGCUUAAGGCAGUCUUAAGUGUUUUCUUUACAAGGUGCAAAACAAGUGAGUGAAUUCAACAAAACGCGGAAAGAAUUAAAAGCACCUGAGCAUUCGUUAUGUCAGUUAAAAAGGUGAAAUUCGUAUUAGCUCAUUAAAGGCUCUUGCGCAGCCGGCAUGCUUAGCGGCAGUUGUCUUGAGAAAUUGACUAUGUUUUGUAUUUUCAUGCAGAACGAUAUUAGGCCUGUUCUUCAAAUCACAGUCGCAAAGCAUGCCGGUUGCGCGAAAGCCAUUAAGAUGAGCUAAUUGCAAGUUACAGGACUUAUCAAAUAAACAACCUCGUGCUUUCCUAGUGUGAAAUGGCAUAUAAUGUAUUAUACAGUGCUUCAAACUGUUUCUGUAUAUUUUUAGUUGGAUAACCUUAGAAAUUAAGAGAGCAAGUAAAUACUAGAUUUGAAAAACGUUAUUUAUUUUACAAUAGCCAAGUCAGCUGAUUCAAGAAGGAGUAGAUAAGGGUAUUUAUGGAAGUUAUAUUAAAACAAUUAAUGGUUACACAAAGAUGUUCAUUUUUUGGAAUGAAAAGCAGAUUUUUUCAUUUUUUGUUUUUCUUAGAAAUAUUGUCAACAUUGUUUGAUAGUUGAAAGGUUGAAAUACAUAAGUUGAAUUGGCCUGUUUUGAGAGCUGUUUUUUCAAAAGAGGAUUGCCGUGCGUUUCUUGUGCGCAGCAUUCCUUUUUAGUAUAGAAGCAAUGCAAUAUGGCAUCGUAGGCCUGAAAGAAUUUUCUGAAAUUUCUCUUCUUAUGAAAACAAAAUUUUUGGAUUCAAAGGCCUGGUUAACAACAACAUCGUAAAAUUCUUGGGAAGACGAUCAAUUGAAGGUCUAUUAUCUAAAGAAUCAUCCACGGAAUGGGGUAGCGCAGUCAUUUGAAUACUUUUCUUGUCCGUCUUGCCCCCUCCCAAAUAAAAGGGGGCUUCUCUCCUCAGUUCCUCUUUCCCAAAGAGAAAACAUGUUCUUAAAAAAAGUAGUAUUAAUCUUUCCACUACAAACACGGCAAUAAUAAUUGCAUCCUUUCAAGUUUCCGUUUGGUUUUUUGGCGGUACAAAAUUUGAAAAUGCUUUGAAAAAAUCAAACAUUUUAUAAGAUGCUAAAGCUUAUUUAUCUGACACUCCUCAGAGUACAAAACUUCAGAAAAAGAUCCGAAGGAACAAGAUUCCGAAGGUUCCGAAGGAAAAUAUAUAUCCAGUUGUGGAUUUCUCACCAGCGUAUAUCGCAAGCCAACUUUUUCUGGCCAGUACAUACAUAUAAGCGAAGUCAAAUGUGGUGGACUGCGACACCCAAUUUAAGGUUUGCAGAUAACAUUGACAUCAUUGCUUGCUCUGAAAAAGAACUAAGAGAGCUGACGGAGAGGAUCAAUAGUUCUGCCAAGUGCCAACAUAUAUGGUAUGAAAAUUAGUGCAUCGAAAAGCAAAAUGCUGAUAGCAGGACCAACACCAAUGAAAUUGAAUGCACCUAUCCAAGUAAAUGGCGAAGAUCUAGAAAAGGUUAUAGCUUCAAAUACCUUGGUUCGACAAUAGCUGAAGAAGGAACAUCUAAAUUAGAGAUAGUGUCAAGAAUUAGAAGUGCAACAAGUGCUUUAUCUAGAUUGGAUAAAAUCUGGAAAGAAAGAAAACUACCAAUCGAAAUCAUAGUAAAACUUCUACGUGGGACCGUUACCUCAACAGCACUAUACGGAUGUGAAACAUGGACUUGAAAUGUUUCCGAAGAAUUCUUGGAAUAUCUUGGAAGGAUAGAAAACGAUCUUUCUGAGUAACAGCUAUCCAGAAAGUGUCAUUUCUUCUUACACUAAGGAAAAUAUCUCAAGUUUUUCGGCUUUCCAAAAAUUUGGUCCACAAAAGUGGCCAGUUAAUCUUAAACUACCACUAGGAGAGCCCUUCCAUCCAUCCAUUCAAAAGGAUUGCGUUCCUACCAACCAAAAGAGUUCCGCUGUUUAUGAAUUUUCGUGCCAGUAUGUUGUAAAAUGUCUGCUUUUUUCAAAGCCAUAUUCAACUUUAUAAUGUUUGCUUUCAGCCACAUUCAAAGCCAUAUCAUUUAAACCCUUAUAGUGAUUUUCAUAACUGCUAAUUUAAGCGAUUUAAAAUUUGUUUCGAGAAGCCAAUUUUUGUUAUUGGAGAAAAAUGGCUUCUGCAGACGUUAGGGAUGAUAGUUAAAACAUGUUUUAGUUCAUUUUUGUUUGAUUCCGUUCAAAACACAUUUUCAAAUCACCCAUUAGGUAAGGUGUACUAUAGUACGUAUAAGAUGAUAUGUUCUGAAUUAGCAGUUGAAAUCGUUAACUUUCAGUCCACAAUUGGCUAUUUUUACAGAGGUUUUGUUCUGCAUCUCGGAUUCUUUUUGUUGCGAGGCUAACUUUUUAGUUCAUGCUUGACAUAGUUUUCUUUUUCUUAGUAACGGUCUUGAUUGCGCAGUGAUUGUUGUUAUGUGAUCAGGCCCGUUGGAACCGGGAGGAUUGGGGAAUCUGGGGGGGCUGGAGCCCCCCACAAUAAUUGUCAACUGUAGUAUAUUUCCUUUAUAACAGUAUACUGAAUGAGAAAGAAUACAAUGGGCAGCCCCACCCCAAUAUUGAAGUAGGACGCUCCCCAGAUCACAUGACCUUUUAUAAUCACGUAAGCGUAGUUGAGAUAUCUUCGUAACCUCGUUCAGUUAAGUUAUAAAUCUUGAAUGAUUAUCAGGAUAUGAAAAUGUAAAGAGAGUUUUUCCUUGCUCUACCAUCUCAAUAAUGUAAAUAGAAGCACCUCUCACAAUUUGAAUUUCGUUCCGACGGCACUAGUGAUCCAUAAUUUUUUAGAAUGAUGACAUAUUCAAAAUUAGAGAAAACAUUACUGGUAAUUAGACAAAACUUCAAAGAAAACUUGAAGUUACAAUCAAACAAAUUUCGAAAGGUAUCAGCAUCCAAAUGACUCAUUUUGAUUAUCAAAAAUGCAUUGUGCAUUGAAAGGAAAUUUAGCUCGUUCGCAAGUUUAAAAUCCUAUAUCUUUAAAAAUAAUAAAACGGCAGUCCAAUAAAACAUCACGCAAAAGGAGAAUUUAGAUUAUUAAUAUUCAAGUGACUAAUCAAAAACAGAGUUUUUCUCAUUCAAAUCACUGCACGUCUUAUGCUUCAAAAAGAGAGCGUGCAAAAAUUAAGAAUCUUUAUGAUGUUUCUUCUAUUUUCGAUUAAUUUUUGUUUCUAUUUUAGACUAUAAGGUUUUAUGUCUAUGUUGAAAUUCAAAUGUAUAUCUAUGUACGUUAUUAAAGAUUAUUUAGGUACCUGCCAUGUUCUAGAUUAAAGAGUGCCUUUUUAUUAAUCCUAGUUUUUAUGACUGGUUUACAUGGAAAAUUGAAAGUCACAAUAUUUAUGUUUCUAAAAUAAACACCGUAUUUUAAUUUUCUCGUUUAUUGAUGUAAAUUCAGACUUUAUUGAUGAACAGCUGGCAGAGGGAAGGCGAUAAAUUUUGGGAAAGACCCUAAACCGUUAACUUCUGGGCGCUGUUUUCUUAAACGAUACGUGAACAAGAACAUACAAGAUAAAGUUUAUCUUCUUUCCCACGAGGAUAUCCUAAGAUGCUUUCAGCAUCAAAUUUUAGCUGCUAAGAAGAACAUACAGGAUGAGUAUCUGUUGCGUUAUCAUUCUGCUGGCAUCAGUGUUAUCAGUUGACUCGCACAUCUUGCGGUUGCAGUGUAAAAUAUUUGCUGACUUUAGCAUCGCUAUAACUGGGAAAAAGCUCACAGUUGAUCCAUACAUAUCAUACAAGAGCAUUGACUUAAGAACAUGUCAACAGCGAUGUCUCUUUCAUUGGAAAUGUAAGGCUAUCAACUACAGUACCUUAGACGAGACGUGUGAAAUCUUGUCUCAGUCAUUUUACAACUUCAGAGAUACUGGAAUUACAUUUGCCAAUAUGCCAACGUGGAAACAUUAUACCACAAAUUUUUCCAGUCGUGCAAUUGGACAAAACUGUAAAGCUCAGAAUCCCUGCCAAAACGAUGAAAUAUGUGUAGAUAAAUGUAGCUGCCCAGGCUUUGAAUGUCUAAAAUGCAACCAAGUGGACAAUCAUGAAAGCGGAGUACACUGCAAUGACGUCGACCAUUGCAAAGAAUUCACUUGCAGUAAUGGCGGAAGAUGCAUAAAUGGUGAGCCACCAACUUGUGUUUGCAAUGAUGGGAAUUAUAGAGAAUUAUGUGAAGUGGUUGACAAGAAACAGAAUAUUUCAAGUAAAACUGAUGUAUGAACAGAUAUGACAAAAAAUUGAUCUAUGAUCAGUUGUUAAUUUUUCUGAAAAGCUGCACUUUCAGUCUUAUGAAGGUCUUGUUGGGUACAGACUGACUUGAAUGAUACUGCAUUCAACGUUUAUAAAAGGCAUCAAUUCAAAGUCGGUGAACUUUUAGACCGAAUUGAACUCAUAACCCGAACUGCCCAUAAAAUUUUUUUUUACCAGACUUGAUAAGUCACCUUCGUUUCCAUCUCAUCUUCAGUGUGGUAGCUUCCAGACUAACAAAGGGUCAUCAAUAGUCAAAUUUACCGAGGAAGACAGAUGAAGACACAUUUAGAUACUAUUUCACCUACCGAUAGACGAUUUUACUGACAAACAAAGGGUUUUUGAAAUCAUUGAAAUCAAAUGAAAAAUCAUUGAAACACGAAGUUUAAGAAAUUACGAUAAAGCAAAAUUCUUAAACGACGUAAAAGAAGUGAAUUGGGAGCUAGUGCUAUCCCCGUUUUCUGAAUCACCAAAUUUAAUGGUUGAAAAAUUCAACGAGCUUUUGAUGGGUUACUAAAUGCACAUGCACCAAUACGGAGAAAAAGAUUAGAAAUUAACUUUCAUCAUGGGCCAAGAAAAACUCCAUAAAGAACCCCAAAUUUCUCAAAUCUUUUGUAAAUCUCUGCGAAACAAGGUGACAAACACUAUUAGAUCAUCUAUAAGACCACACUAUCAAUCUUUGAUCAAUAAAAACGAGGAUAAUCCAAAAAGCAUGUAGAUAACCAUAGAUAAGGUGCUAUAUAAGGCCCCCAAGUCAACAACAAUCAUUCAAAACAAAUUUAUAAUGCCCUAAAUAGCCACUUUGUUAAUGUCGGGCCGAGACUUGCUAGUAGAAUUGAACUUAAACCUGGCGAUGAUUCCUUUUGUCAUCUUAAUAACCGUACAGAAGGAAAAGUCUUCUAGUUCAAGUAUGUAAAUGAAAGAGCAGUUCUGGAAUAUAUCCAAAAUCUGAACCAAGAAAAAUCUGCUGGUCCUGACAAUAUACUAAUGGCAAUUUUGAAAGACGCUGCUGAUUGUAUUUGUAAACCACUAACGAUGAUCUUUAACACCUCUUCCAGGCUGGGGGCUUUCCCAUACCGUUACCGAAAAUAGCAAGAAUCACACCAAUUUACAAAUCAGGUACCAAAGAUGAUACGAACAACUAUAGGCCAAUUUCAAUUUUGUCAGUGCUAUCUAAGUGAUACGAAAAAAUUGCACAUGACCAACUUUUCGAUUUCCUCCAAUCUAGCAAAAAACUAACGCCGGAUCAGUUCGCUCACCAUAGGCUUUCUUCUACAAUUACCUCACCGAUUCGUAUCUCAGAUAAUUGGUACUCAAAUAUCGACAACAAAAAGCUAAUUUUGCUGCUUUUCUUGACUUGAAAAGCAUUUGAUCAUGAGAUACUGAUCAGUAAACUAGAAACAUAUGGAAUUAAAGGUAAUGAGAACUAUUGGUUUCAAUCCGAUUUAGUUAACAGAAGCCGGUACUGUUUGACGAUACCUUGGGAUGGGAAGAACAGUAUGAAUCAAUUAAGAAAAAGGUUGCUGGGGGCCUAGCAUAAAUGAAGAAGCUUAAGGGUAUCCUCCCACAAUCAAUGCUAUUUGAAGUAUAGAAAGGGCUUUUUGAGAGUCAUAUUCGUUAUGCUGACGUGGUCUGGGGGAGCUUAUCGAACGCUAAAAUAUCAGCCUUUCAGAGACUGCAAAAUCGUGCAUUUGACAUUAUUGAAGCAUCUAAAAUAAAAGACUUUCUGAUUCGACCAACAUUUAGCAUCGAUCAGAUGUUUCCAUUUGACCGGUCGGUUCAGAUGUUUGAAAUAAUUAACAGGAUAUGUCCUGAGAGUCUGCACGAUAAAUUUGCUGAAAGAUCCACGAUAAGCAAGUCUUCUUCUUCUUCUUUUUCUACUUCUUCUUCUUCGUCUUCUUCUCCUUCUUCUAUUUCUUCUUCAUCGAGGUUGUUUUCCAGGAUAUCUUCCUUUAGUCUGUCUUUCCAUCUAAACUUAGGUCGUCCUCUUUUCUGUGUCCUGGAAUUUCCAUUGCCAUCACUCUCCUUCCAACAUAGUCCUUCUCUCUUCUCAUCGCAUGACCCUACCAAUUCAGGGCUCCCUAUCUUGCAUCUUCGAGCUUAUUUCGGCUACUUUUGUUGUGCUUCGUAUCAUCUCAUUUCUGAUUUUAUCUCUUCUCGUGGCUCCACACAUCCAGGGUAACAUCCUCAUCUCUGCAACAUUCAUCUUCUUCUCCUGUGCCUUCUCCACUGACCAGGUUUCACUGCUGUAUAGCAUUGCUGGGCGCACAGCUGUUUUGUACAACCUUACCUUUCAGCCUGACAGUCAUCUUCUUGUCGCACAGCACACCUGGCAGCUUCCUCCAGAAGUUCCAUCCGCAUUGGAUCCGAUGGUCUAACUCCACAUCGAGCUCCCCAUCUUCAGUCACAUGCGUCCCCAAAUACUUGAAUGCUGGAAUCUUCUUGAUAAUUUCCUCAUCCAUUCUCAUGUCAUCAAGAUUUUCAAAGUCGUUAAAAUGAAAAUAUUCCAUCUUCGUUCUACUAUCUUAAAACGUUUCAAUUCUAAAUCUCUCUUCCAUCUUGAUAGUCGCUUUCGAAUGUCCGCUAUAGUUUCGCAAACUCUCACAAUAUCAUCAGCAAACAGCAUGGUCCACGGGGCUUAACUCCGAACUCCUUCACUAAUCACAUUCAUUAUGACAAACAAGUACGGUACAAGAAAAAGACUGAUCUCCAAAUCCCAAGGCUAAAUUCAGACUUCAGUAGAAAAAUUCUUGAUUACACUGGUCUAAAAACCUGGAAUUGUACCCUAAAACACACAAGAGAGUCCAUUACAAUAACCCUGUUCAAGAUUGAGCUAAAAAGUCAGUUCCUAAGCUGAAGAAAAUAUUUCUGCACGAAUCCAUAGAAGAACAGUACU